AUGGCGACACCAGUUCGUGUUCGCCUCGUACCACUCUUAUGGUUUUUAUUCGGCUUAUUUGUAAAUACAUUGGUCUUAUGUACUAGUUCGCGACUGCCUCAUGGCGUCACUGUCCGCUUACCCUCCCUCACGCCGCCAGCUCAGUUAGACGGUCUAAAGCCUUUCGCCUCCGGUUCUUUCUUGUCUACGGCAGCUCGACCAAGAAGCGCCUCGCUCACCUUCGCCUCCCCGGAGGAUUCUGGUGCCCCUUAUGGGCUGCUGCCGACAGUGCGUCACCGUUCCCAGUCCCUUGGGUCGGGACGGCAGGCCCCGUCGGGCGUCUGGAGCCGAAACGGUGAAGCUCCGAACCUAGAACAGCCUCAACAACAGCAGCAAGCGCAAGAGGAACAAGCUCAACAACAGAAACGGCGACGUGGCCGGCUUCAUCGUCUCCGGAAGGCUUUAAAACGCCUGGGAGGCACUGCGAAAGAAAAACUGAGGCGUCUGUGGCAAAGCAUAAAGCGUGGUGCUUCUCGGGCAAAACGUGCAGCGCGCCAAGCAGCCAUACACGUUUACAAGAAGCUGCCGAGGCUCCGAAAAACCCGAAAGGCACCUGAAGGAGCAGAAGUAAUUGCCACAUCAGGCCUAGCGGGAGCAGGCCUCGCCUCGGCGGCACCACACCUAGGUCCCGGUGAGGAAAUUCCCGAAGAGGUUAAGACACUUGAAGAAGAGGAAGUUUCUACCCCUGUGAGCCCUGGUGCCUCCACGACGAGUACGGCAACGGAGGAAACAGCCGCACCUUCAACACCCGAAGAACCUUAUCGGUCAGAGGAAGCGGAGGAAUGGUUUGAAGCACGAACGCCUGAACAAGCCGAAGAGGAAAGCGAAGAGUGGCAUGAUGCAGUAUCACCUGAGGAGAUGGAACGUGUACUUGUUCGUGCGCGAGAGUCAGAACAGAUGCGAAGGGAAGAGAAAGUGCAAGUUUCAGAGGAGACUGAAGAGCUUGGCCUGACUCCUCAGUGCCUGAAAUACUAUUCACGGAUGACUAUAGUGAUGAAAAAACUGUGCAAAACCUGGCGUGGGCACUGCAUGUUUUGGUCUUUGUUCAUGAAAACUGGAAACUUUGGCACUUUUGUCGACGACAUGCAAGAUAUGGCAGUCAAGACCGGGGCCUUGAUAUUGAGUGCAGAACUGCUCAGAGGAACAGAAGAUAGCAUCAAGGCCCACUUGCUGCGCAUGCACCUUGUUCUGGCGCUAGCGGAAGAGUCCAUAGCUAACGCGGUAGACAGGACAGAGGAAUACUGCUGGUUCACUAACCCAGACAACCUAUUCACCAAGGCAAACCCAGAAGAAGAGAAAGUCAUGUUAAGUCUUACACCGCUGAAUUUUUUUGCAGAGCCCCUUAAGUAUUUGGGAAGUCUGAAAGGGCUUAUCGACACCGCCUACGGAGAUUCCACCAUGUGCGUGGACUCCGUCGAAGCGGAGAUUAAGGCGCGGAUGGAUUUGCGGCAGAUUCUUGCGUCGGAAAAACAAAGGCUAGAGAUUGCUAUUCAAGAGCUGCCUGAGUCUGCGGCCACUGAGGAUAGCAGCCUGGUGAUGAAAGUAAUACGGGAACUAGAAUUGCUGGCCAAACGCGAGUACUGUUCCAUAGAACAAGCUUAUCUCCUUGCCACCCAAAGCAAAAACAUCCAGGCAUUUAUCGACGACUACCGUGCCAACGGCGCGAGCUGGUGGAGGGCUCAGUGGCCCUUCAAACUGCAAUCGUGUAGACCUCUUACGAAAGGAAACGCAGCUGUUCCUAAAGAUGUUGCUCAGAACUGCCGGAACUAUGAAUCGUCGUCAGUCCCAAAAAGUCAACAUGAUGUUAGCGAAACCCUCCUCUGGAUGUGGGAUGCAGGGUCAUGCAGAAAAGGUUGA